CUCACAGCGUCUGAAUGUAGCGAAAACCUCUGGCGGUGACGGAGCAGCUUCAGAAAAGCGACAGGGACCUGUCAGCAUCGUCUCAUACGGUAGCAGGACAGAAAGCUCCGUGUUAGCGGAGCUAUGGAGACGCCGGGGAGGAUUGCAGCCACACCGGACUCCUUGGAUUUUACCGUGGAAAACGUAGAGAAGGCCCUUCACCAGUUGUACUAUGACCCCAAUAUAGAAAACAAGAAUCUGGCCCAGAAAUGGCUAAUGCAGGCUCAGGUGUCACCUCAGGCCUGGCAGUUUUGCUGGGUCCUACUUAGCCCAGAUAAGGUGCCAGAGAUCCAGUACUUUGGUGCUAGUGCACUUCACACCAAGAUCUCUCGUUAUUGGUCGGACAUCCCCACUGACCAGUAUGAGUCUUUGAAGACCCAGCUGUUCUCCCAGAUUGCCUGCUUCUCCUCCGGCUCCAAGAUGGUGCUCACCCGGCUGUGUGUGGCCCUGGCCUCCCUGGCACUCAACACAAUGCCCGAGGCCUGGCCAGGUGCAGUGGCGGAGAUGGUGCGGGUGUUCCAGGAGGAGGGAGGAGGGGUGGAUGGACGGGCACGCUGCCUAGCAUUGUUCCAGACCAGCCGCCUGCCGCAGUAUCGAAAAGGACAGGUAUUGAUUCUAAUGGCCCGGGAGUGGGGGUCAGUGUGUCCCUUAUUGCAGCAACUGCUGCGACGGACGGACAGCCCGGGGGCGGUGAAAGCUCGUGUGCUGCGCUGCCUGUCAUCGUGGGUGCUGCUGGAUGUGCCCCUCAGCGAGAGCGAAGGCCUGGUGCAUGACUGCUUCAGUGCACUGCCUGACCCAGAGCUCUUUGACACAGCGGUGGAGGCAGUAGUCAAUGCUAUCUCACAGCCUGACUCCCAACGAUAUGUGAACACUUUGCUGAAACUGGUUCCUCAAGUGCUGGCGCUCCAGGAGCAGCUCAGAGAGGCUGUUCAGAAUGGAGACAUGGAGACCUGCCAUGGUAUCUGCCGGAUCGCCGUUACGCUGGGAGAGAAUCAUUCUAGGACUCUGUUGGAGCAGGUGGAUCAUUGGCAAAGCUUCCUGGCUUUAGUCAACAUGAUCAUGUUUUGUACAGGCAUCCCUGGCCACUACCCGGUGAACGAGACCACCAGCUCCCUCACACUCACCUUCUGGUACACACUACAAGAUGAAAUUAUGUCGUUUGAGUCAGAUAAGCAGGCAGUGUAUCUGCAGGUCUACAGGCCAGUGUAUUUCCAGUUGGUGGAUGUUCUGCUACACAAAGCCCAGUUCCCCUCUGAUCAGGAGUACGCAACCUGGUCCUCAGAUGAGAAAGAGCAGUUCAGAAUUUACAGAGUGGAUAUCUCGGACACACUCAUGUAUGUGUAUGAGAUGCUGGGAGCAGAGCUGCUGAGUAACCUGUAUGAUAAACUAGGAAGACUGUUGACUAAUGCAGAACAACCCAUGUCAUGGCAGCACACAGAAGCUUUGCUGUAUGGCUUCCAGUCCAUAGCAGAGACAAUAGAUGUAAAUUACUCUGACGUCAUCCCAGGCCUUAUUGGCAUUAUCCCUAGAAUCAACAUCAACAACAUCCAGUUAGCGGACACAGUUAUGUUCACAAUAGGGGCUCUGGCUGAAUGGUUGGCAGACCACCCAGUGAUGCUUAGCAGCGUCUUGCCCUUGGUUCUUCAGGCUCUAGGGAACCCAGACCUUUCGGUUUCAUCCGUCUCUACCCUCAAGAAAAUCUGUAGAGAAUGCAAAUAUGACCUGCCACCCUACGCAACUAACAUAGUAGCUGUCUCUCAGGAGGUGCUUAUAAAGCAGAUCCACAAGACAAGUCAGUGUAUGUGGCUGAUGCAGGCUCUUGGCUUCCUUCUCUCUGCUCUCCCUGUGGAAGACAUCUUAAGAAACCUUCACUCUCUCAUCACCCCCUACAUUCAGCAGCUGGAGAAGCUAGCUGAUGAGACGCCCAAUCCCUCUAAUAAGUUAGCAAUCAUCCACAUCUUGGGGCUGCUGUCCAACCUGUUCACCACUCUUGAUAUCAGCAAGCAGGAUGACGAGUCAGCGGACGGCUCAGCUCCACCAGUCAAAACAGCCCCACCCACACCUGGACCAAACCCGGUAGUGGUGGUUUUGCAACAAGUGUUUGCUCUCAUACAGACCGUACUCAGCAAGUGGCUCAACGACUCGCAGGUUGUGGAGGCGGUGUGCGCCAUCUUUGAGAAGUCGGUGAAGACUCUGCUCCAUGAGUUUGCUCCCAUGGUGUCUCAGCUAAGCGAGAUGCUUGGACAGAUGUACAGUACAAUUCCCCAAGCCUCAGCCCUUGACCUUACACGACAGAUGGUGCAUAUCUUUGCCAGUGAGACAGACCACUUUCCACCCAUCAAGGCUCUGUUUGAGCUGGUUACCUCAGUAACACUGUCCAUCUUCCAGCAAGGACCCAGGGAUCAUCCUGAUAUUGUUGAUUCAUUUAUGCAACUCCAAGCUCAGGCCCUCAAACGGAAGCCUGAUUUGUUCUUGUCUGAGAGUCUUGAUGUGAAGGCAGUGUUCCACUGUGGAGUUCUGUCACUCAAAUUUCCUGAAGCGCCCACAGUCAAGUCAGCGUGCUUGUUCUUUACUGAGCUGUUACCUCACUGCUCAGACGUGCCUCCAUUAGCCAGGGUGGUGCAAGAGGAUGGAAAAAUCUUAGUACAGGCCGUGCUGGAGGGCAUCGGGGGUGGGGCAUCUCGGAGCCUGAUGGACCAGUUUGCAGAAGUGCUUUUCUGUCUAAAUAAGCACUGCUUUUCUCUGCUGGCUGUGUGGUUGAAGGAGGCACUGCAGCCUCCAGGGUUCCCAUCAUCACGGCUCACAGCUGAACAGAAAGACAGCUUCUCACAGCAGAUACUCAGAGAACGAGUCAACAAGAGAAGGGUGAAGGACAUAGUGAAGGAGUUCACACUGCUGUGCAGAGGGCUCCAUGGUACAGAGUACGCCGCUGAAUACUGAAACUCUACCCUUGAACUUUCACCUAACCAUGACCUAUGCCUUCAGUGGAAACAGCUGGAUGCCACAACAACACAGUUUUCUCCAACCCAGAGAAGAAAUGAUUGUAACGAUAACCUGCCCAUCUGUAGACCAGGAGAUGGAACCAUUCCAGCACCGACCUGCCAUUGGAUUUAUGAACAAACACUAAAUCUCUGGUGGCUUUAGGGAGGCUGUCCUUUUUGGUCUGAUUUUAUUUUUUUCUGUCCUGAGAUUGAGAUUGUCUUCUCUCUCCCCUUCCUCUCGCCUCUUAUUUAAAGGUCUUUCCUUUAGAAGAGCUUUGAGCAGCACUCCCAGCAUGCUGCCUCCCGCCACCUUCUAUCUGUGUCUUUUUCUGCCUUUCUAGAGCAACCUGUGGCUCCUAGGUUAUUUCCCAGUGAUUAGCAUCUAUGUGAAAUGGCAGUGGUAUCAUAUGUAGCCACUUGACAUAUAAUUUUCCAAAAUAAAUCAGAGAAAUUUAUAAAUGUAUAUGUAUAGACGUAUAGAAAGAUGGUGGUCGUCAGCCCUGCUGCUGCUAAUGGGAAGAGAGAAGAACCAGUGUGAGGAGGGGUUUCUGCUGGAAAAAUAACUUUAAAUAUGAUAAUAUUUACUCCCUCCCAUGCCCCCGUCAUCUCUGCAUUGUCAGAUUAUCAUGAAAUGUUUUGGCAAU